AUGACUUAUGCGUGGCUUCCCCCAUUCAACCUCCGUGAACUGUACAUUAAAAACUGCAGAGUGGGUCCUGGAUUUCCAGCAUGGCUUCGAUCUCAACUCGUUGAGGUCUUCCUUAAAAAUACUGGAAUUUCUGGUCGAAUCCCUGAUGAAUGGUUCUUGAAGAUAUCUUCUGAGGUGAAAGAUAUGAGAAUCCUGUCUCUAAGAAACAAUCAGUUUUCUGGAGGGUUCCCUCACGAAUGGAGUCUGUGGAGCAACAUAUGUGUCGUGGAUGUCUCGAAUAACACUCUCUAUGGUAAUAUUCCCAGUUCAAUGGGCAUCCCAAGCUCACUUCUAAUUUUAAAGAUGGACGACAAUCAUUUUCGAGGAGAAGUUCCUUCUUCCUUGCAGAAUUGCUCUUCUUUGUUUGAUCUUGACUUCAGUGGCAAUAAGCUCAAUGGAAUCCUACCUACAUGGAUUGGAUCAAAGCUAUCUAAUUUGCAAGUUUUACAACUGGGAUCCAAUUUUCUAAACGGAAAUAUUCCCCAAGAGUUGUGCACUCUUCAGUUCCUUCAUAUCCUAAACCUAGGCCGGAACAAUAUUUCAGGAACUAUUCCCACAUGUUUGAGUAAUUUGACUAAUCUGGUCGUUGGCUUAUCAAGUUCGUCGUUUUCAGUAAAUCAUCGUGCUAAUUACGACGAGUUUACAAGAGUUUUCAUGAAAGGAACAGAAUUUGGAUAUACCGGUGAUCAUACAUUAAAUUUGGUGAUGAGCAUUGAUUUUUCGUCUAAUACGUUAGAAGGUGAAAUCCCUGAAGGUAUGAGCUCUCUCGUUAAAUUGAUUUCCUUGAACUUAUCGAGGAACCAAUUGAUCGGAAAGAUUCCAUGGAAGUUCGGAAACUUAACCAACUUGGAAAGUGUUGAUCUCUCACACAACCACAUCAUAUGA